UUUAAUUAAUUUAUGUUAUUAUCGAUAGGUGUUACAGCAAAAAAAAGAAAAGAAACAGUUUAUUAAGUGCAAUCUGUUUAUUUAUGUUUAGCGAGUCAAACGUUGAAGGAUAUAAGCAAUUAAGUCCGGUCAAGACCCAAGACGGCUGUAAAUCUAUAUUUUUCUCAUCAAUUUGACUGUAAAACUAUCUCAAAAUGUCAGAUAGCAACAAUAAUUCCUACUGUUUGGUUGCAUCCAAUCGCACUUCGUUCUUUACAAGUGCCUAUAAUGGCAUCCCAGAGACGUUAAUACUGAACACCAUAUUUUGGAUACUGCUAAUACUUCUUUUUACCAUGUUGAGGCAUCAAGCAGGGGACUUUGGCCGCUUAGCUCUGGUUAAUAACAAUGGCAAUAAGAAGCGGUGGACCGAGAUAUUUUAUUCGAGGGCAACAAGUAUGGUGGAACAGCAACCCACAACCUCCAGCGGUCAUCCAACACCAAGGCCAAGUGCCACCUCGCCAGAUUCAACGCCACUUUCCCCUGUACAGCUCGAGCAAGGAAUCUUUGGUUGGAUCAAAAUAACAUUCAAGCUACGAAAGGAAACCAUUUUGCUUCACACUGGCCCUGAUGCUGUGCACUACUUGUCCUUCCAGCAACAUCUAAUGGGUGUAAUGGCUCUCGUGACUCUAGUUUCUUUGACUAUUAUAUUACCAGUAAAUUUUUUAAAUGGUCCCAAAAACGCGUAUGAUGUUAAUGCUUUUGGAAGAACUACAAUGGCCAAUCUAUCACCAGAAUCACCAUGGCUGUGGGUACAUACAAUAGUUACCAUAUUAUAUAUUCCACUUGUUGUGCUAAUUAUGAGACGCGCAUCUGGUCGCAACGCCUUCAAAAAGGCAGCCACUCGCACCAUUAUGAUAUCAAACAUCGCUUCCAGUGAUCGUAAUAAAACUGUGGUGAGAAAUUAUAUGCAGGAACUUUUUCCUGAUAUCACCAUUGAAAGUGUGAGCAUAGCCUAUAACAUAUCGCGGCUCUAUGUAAAGAAUGCUGAAUACGAAAGGGUGCACGAAGCGCGUCUUUAUUGCGAGCAUCAUCGAGAUCGCGAUACUCUGGUGGCCAAAACAGAAAUGUGCAGCUGUAAGAAAGAGAAUGCAUUCGAGUAUUAUCAACGGGAGGAACGAAAAUUGUCCGGGGAUGUGGCUCGUUUACGUGCCUCAACCAUGAACGAGCCUUUGGAUAUUGCUUUUCUCACUGUGUCAACUGUGCAGGAGGCUCAAAACAUAGUCACUCACUUUAGUCCUGGGACAUACAGACAAUGGCAUAUGAUGUUUGCUCCUUCACCAGAUGACAUUUUCUGGGAAAAUUUAAAUGUGAACAAGAGUCAUUGGUAUUUGAAAUUCAUCUGUGUAAAUGUGGUACUUUUUAUAGUUCUCUUUUUUCUUACUACCCCGGCCAUGGUGGUGAAUUUGUUAAACAGUCGACCCUGGUUAAAGGACACCGAAGGCAAAAUCUCUCCAUUAGUUUCCGAAUUCUUGCCAACACUCAUGUUGUGGACCUUAUCCGCCUUGAUGCCUGUGAUCGUUGCCAUUUCAGACAAGUGGAUGGGUCACUAUACAAGGUCGAAACAAAAUUACUCUAUUAUGACCAAAUGUUUCAGUUACCUACUUUUAAUGAUACUGGUACUGCCUUCGUUGGGCCUAACCUCAGCUCAGGCUCUGCUGGAAUGGAGCUUCACGAAUGAGACUGGACGGUGGCAGUGUAUCUUUUUGCCAGAACGCGGCUCUUUCUAUGUCAAUUACAUAAUAACGGCAGCUUUCAUUGGUACAUCAUUAGAAUUGUUGCGUUUCCCCGAAUUGAUUGUCUACAUUUGGUCACUCCUGAAGGCAAAUUCCAAAGCCGAAACACCAUUCAUUAGGAAAUCUAUACUUAUUGAGUUCCCAUUUGGAAUCCAUUAUGCCUGGACCACUCUAGUAUUCACCAUUGCUAUUGUUUAUAGCAUAUUUUGUCCUCUUAUUAUGCCCUUUGCUAUGGUCUACAUUUGUCUCAAGCAUUUUGUGGAUCGUCACAACUUAUAUUUUGCCUACGGGCCCUCAAAUAUGAUCUCGCGCAAAGGUGGCAAGAUCCAUUCCACGGCAGUUACCAUGACCAAAUUCUCGGUAGUAAUUCUUGUUCUGGUUAUGGCUAUGAUUUGUUACUUCCGUGGAGAAGGUGGAAUGGCCCGUUUUAUAUUGCUUAUAAUAACUCUGGCCAUUACUUUAACGCUGUUCACGUUUAUGUCACCUAUUAAAAGAUGUGCAGCCACGCGUCGUCCUAGCAUUGUGGAAAUUGCUGGGCCAGCUCCAGCCUAUGUGCCUGAUGUUCUCAAAGACCACACGAUACGUACCAAUAACGCUCGAACAUCGGCCGCUGGGUUUAAUGGCUAUGGAUCGGACAGUGUGUCCGAUUAUGACAGCUCUCAGUACAGCGUUAACAGCGUUGAAGCGUAAGCAAAAAAAGUAUUUAAUCUUCUAAUAAGCAAUCGAGAGGUACCUACAUUUAUUUUUGAUAUAAGAAUAUUUUAAGACGCUGAAAAAUUUUAAAAGCAAAAGAUGAGAAAUUGUGAUACAGAGUUUAAACCCAUCCCUAGCUUCAACCUAAAACUUGUUGCCUGCUAAUCAACAUAUUGUAACGUUUACAUGUUUUAAGUUUCAAUUUCGAGAUAUUUGUAUAUACAAUUAACAUAUUUGUAUCUAUUAUUUAUUAGUUGUAAAUAAUUAUAUUGUAAUAAAUCUAACUUUCAUUGCUAUCUUCA